UAGUUAUAAAUGCAGUAGAAGAGUGGUAGUGUAGUGAUAAUAGUGUACUUGUUCUUCUUCUUGUACGGUUGGAGUUUUUGGGAGGAAAUCAGGUGGUGGUUGAUUAUACUCAUUCCAUUGAGUAUGCUUGCUUUUUCAUUGUGUUGAUUGAAGAGCAAAGGAGUUCCUUUCCUUCACUCAUGGCAGAAUAUGUGCCAUCUAUGUCAUGUGUUAAGCUGCAUACGCGGAUAAGUUGUACCAUCAAACAAAAGGGAUUCUCACCCAGGCAAUCACAAAUCAGAAUAGUACAAAGGAAGUAUUCACAUGGAAGCUGCAACUCCAUGCGGUCACCAGGGUUGAAAAUGUGUAAGCUUACUGUUCUUGGCAUCUCAAAGCUGAGAGCAAGUCUUUGGUCCAGGAGGACAACUUUGAGCUGUACCUGUUUAGGACCAGGUGCAAUAGUUUCUACUUGGGUACCAGUUGUUGAUCAAAUACUUUUGAUGUCAAGUAUAUUUCUUACAUACAUGGCUGGUGUAAUUCCUAUUAGGCAGCCUUAUAGAAAAGAUGUCUCCGGUGACAGCAAUGUUUCUGAAAGUUCGACCACUUCUGGUAGCUCGAAAACAAACAAUGACCUAGCUAAUCCAAAGUAUGUUUUAGAUAUCGUUAAAAGGAAACUUCUGGAUUCUUUGGAUGCCUUUGAACGUGGAGAUGUUUCGGGAAGUAGGAUUCUUGAAUACAGUGAGCUACGUCCAAAACGACCUUUAAAUUUGAGUGCCCUUGCGGAUGGUCCAAGAUUAAGAUUGCUCUGGGCUACUUUUCAGCAAAUUGAGGAAGUGGUGAAUGAUAUAUCAAACUCAGAAUCUCUCGACUUGUAUGAUAGGUUGAUUGUUUUUUCUAGAGUGAUUGGAAAAUCCUGUCAACCGGUGUGCAUGACUUGGCUGGAAAGGGAGCACACCCUUGCAAACAUCAAUCUUGACAAGGCACUUGUUUCUUUGUUGGGUGCAAAGUUAAAUGGAGACAACACUGUACUGCUGAACAUUAAGAAUUCAGGCAAGGAAGAUCUUUAUGCAGAUUUAUUGUGCUUUCUUUGUUUUGGUUCUAUCAGGGAGGAUUGCUAUUAUGACAAGAGUCUGUUUUUCUCAAAUGGAAUUUCCAUAUUGGAAGAUUUGUUGAUAAACAUAGCUGAUGGGAUGGCAAGCAUAUAUUUAGAGCUUAUUUCUGUUGAUAGUAAUGUCUCAAAUGAAAUGAAUAAUUUGUGCAUGGCAUUAUGUACUUUGUCAACACGAGCUCUUCAAAGAUUACGCAAUGAGGUAGCUUUAAACCAGUGGCUGUAUCAAAAUUUGGAAGCAGUUGUUUCAAUGUAUGAAGAUCGCUUUGACCUAUGCACACUUCAAAGAAGACUAAUUGAGGAACCAACCAAUAGUCCUACAGAAAAUCUUGGUGGAAAGGGCUUAUUCAGAAAAAAUCUAAAAUUGCAUCAUCAUCAUUAUCUUAUGUGUCCCUAAACCACUUUUCCAUGUCAGUUAAGCGGACCAAGGAAUUGAGGGCCCUGGCAGGGUG